UCGAAUUGGCGCGUUUAAUCGUUAGAAUCCCUAUCAGCGAACGGGCACAGGAAACAGUUGACAACAUUUCGUUUCCAUUCAGUUGAUCAGAACCGUUUGGGAGGACAGGUUGCAUCUUCCCCAAGAUCAUUGAGUGGUUCAUUCGUUUUUUAAAAAGUUCGUGCAUAUAGCAGAUCGAAAUGGGACAACUCACGGGCCUGGGGCGAUUGCUGAUUGCCGUAACUUUCUUUACAUGCGGAUUCUUUGUGAACAUUGCCCAGCUUUUCCUGCACAUAUGUGUGAAGCCAUUCGACAAGCGACUCUGCCGCAGUCUCAUGUACUAUCUCACCUACUCCUUCUACUCCAUCCUUGUGUGUGUGGCCGAGUGGUAUGCCGGCAGUCAUGUUCGCGUCUUCAUCGAUCCCGAGGAUGAGAAAAAGUACUUUGCUAAGGAGCACGGCCUGCUGCUCAUGAACCACACAUAUGAAAUCGACUGGCUAACCGCCUGGAUGGUUACCGAUAAAUUCGGAAACGUUGGCAACACCAAGGCCUACGCAAAGAAGAUGCUCCGCUAUGUACCCAUCAUGGGAUGGGUCUGGUGGAUGGCCGAGUUCAUCUUCCUUGAUCGCAACUUUGACAAGGACAAGAUUGUCAUCAAGGAACAGCUGAAGGUUGUGUUCUCCUAUCCCGAUCCCGUCUGGCUGCUGCUCAACGCCGAGGGCACCCGCUACACCGCCGCCAAGCACGAGCUGUCCGUGAAGUUUGCCCAGGAGCGGGGCCUGCCCGUGCUCAAGCAUCACCUGAUUCCGCGCACCAAAGGAUUCACCACCAGCCUGCCCACACUGCGCGGCAUCUGUCCGGCCAUCUAUGACAUUAACCUGGCCUUCAAGCGGGAUGCCAAGGUGAAGCCAACAAUGCUGUCCCAGCUGAAUGGAGAGACGGUGGAGCCGUACAUGUACAUUCGCCGUGUCCCCUUGAGCAAUGUCCCUGAGGAUGAGAAGGAGGCCGCUGCCUGGAUGCAGGAGUUCUUUAUGGAGAAGGAUCGCAUUAUCGAUAGCUUCCACGAGACGGGCAGCUUCUUCAAGACCUCGGGUGUGAAGGAGGUACCCAUGAAGAUCUACAAGCCGCGCCUGGCCACGUUGCUAAACUUUAUUGGAUGGGCCACCGUUUGUGUCGCCUGCAUUUCGUAUUAUAUGAUCACUUCCUUCAUUGCGGGCAACUGGAUUGGUUUCUUCACGGUCAUCUCCAUCUUGGGACUUUUCUACGGCCUCAUGCAGCAUGCUGUGAAUGCCUCGAAGAUCAGCAAGUCUUCCAGCUACGGCGCUGAUGGAGCAAAACAGGCCGCGAAAUAGUAAAUAGUACA